CAGCAGCCUUCAAUUCAGCGGUGACUACCGAGAAGUGUGAUACUGAUCUACCUUCUCAGUGCUUCUCAUAAUGACAAUGCGUGGGAUUUUUCUCUUCGGCGCCUUCCUCUUCUGCUUCACAAUGGUUUCUUCUGAUAUCAAGAUAGAAGAAGAGCUACCUCAUCUGGACCUGCCACUUGUUGUAAAAGGUGCAAACAGAAGGCUCAUGCAGGAAGUGGAUUGUGGAGGAUUGUGCAAGCAGAGGUGCAGUGUUCAUUCGAGGCCAAACGUGUGCAACAGGGCAUGCGGGACUUGUUGUGUGAGGUGCAAAUGCGUUCCACCAGGGACCUCAGGAAACAGAGAGUUGUGCGGGGCAUGCUACACUGACAUGACCACCCAUGGCAACAGGACCAAAUGUCCAUAGCUACGCAGAUCGAACGUCUGGAGUUCUCUUUCUUAGUUACCUCCUUGUAUUUAGUCUCUCCCUAAUCACGAUGUGUGUGAGUGGUGAUUUCCAGAUUGUGUGUGAGCUCUCUUUCUGUCAAACUCUUAAAUCUUAUUUCUGUGUAAUCAAUAUUUUCAAGUAAGCACCUUUCAGUUUCUGAGGCCUA